AGACGCUUGUGGGAGGAUGAUGAUGGGCCGAGAAUUUGGCCUUGGGCCCAGAAUUUUAGUAAACAGUGCAACCGCUGCAAACUCGAUUGGCGCUGCAGUCAACCUAUUUGGCGCCAAUUUGUAAAUAUGGGACAAAGAACAAAGAAUCUCUAAUCUUUGAUAUUCUUUGUAUGGGAGUCAAGACUUUUUGUUGAAGCAGCUUUAGUAUAGCCAAAGAAUUCUUUGUUAUAGCCCUGGCAUUCUCCAUAGAUAUUCUUGCGUUUUCAUGAGUUGGAGGGUGAUUGCUGUUGCGCAUAAUAGUUAGUGUAAGAAUGUAUCUGAUGGGUAAAUUUCCUGAGCUUAAAAGAAAUUUAAUAUUAACAAUCGGGAAAUUAGAGUAUUUAGCAGAGACUAUAUAUGGACAAGCCCAAAAUGAAAAACGCCGCAUUGCUGAUUAUCUUGCAAAAGGAAAAUUUGAGCGUGCUAGAAUUUGUGUAGAGGACGUAAUUUACCAGGAGCAGCUAAUAGAAGGCAUUGAAGAACUAGAACUACAGUGCGAAAUCUUGCGGGUUCGAAUUCGUUUCAUUCAGCAGGAGAAACCUUUAGAUCAAUGUUUAGCUGAAGCAGUAUUGAGCUUGAUCUGGGCAGCUGACCAUUUAAAGACUGAUAUUGAGCAGUUAAAGAUGAUUGCUAGGGAACUAGAAGAGAUAUAUGGCGAACCUUAUGUCUUAGCUGCAAGAGAAAAUGUAGAGAACUUAGUAAAUAAAAAACUGAUACAUAAAUUUAGUGUGCAAGUUCCUCCUAAAAGUUUAGUAGAAAAAUAUUUAAUAGAAAUUGCUAAAAGCCAUAAAGUUCCUUAUGAAGUAUUUGCUGCAGAGGAAGAGGCUCAAACAGAACCUUCAAUUGAUUUAAGUGAUGAAUGUAAAUCAUUGAUGCAUCAUGCUGGACAGUAUCCACAGCAUGACUUAACAAUGCCAUUUAAUUAUCCUGCACCCAAUGUGAAUCGAAAGGGUGCAAGUGUUCCACCUGAUCCUUCAGUACAGCCCAAUUGCUUAUUUCCAGGACGACUUGGAAAUUUUUGUACUGUACUUAAUCGACUUGCACAGAUACACGAGAAAGUGUGUGGAAAGAGUGCAAGUGUUCCACCUGUUUCUUCACCUUUUCGAGUUGCCUCCUCACAGAAACAUGAGAAAAUUUUAGGUGUGUGGAAGGAAUGCAAGUGUUCCACCUGUUUUUUCAGGCUCGUAUCCAGUAAAUUCAGGAUUCUUCAAAGACGCAUGGGAUUCUUAGGGAACACAAAUGAAAUCUUAUAGGCUACAAAUAUGUGAGUCUUAUGUCUGAGACUAGCUAUAUUUUUCUGUCACUGAAACUGUUUGUACAAUAAACGAAGUUUAUGUGAGUUAUUCUCAGGAAAAUAAAACAAUAUUUAAUUUAG